CUCGAAUAGUAGCUAAAACCAGAAAGAUGGAGCUGUCCGGACUCAUGAGCAGAGCAACCUCAGGUCUAGAUCGGAGGGAGGUGAUGGACGUACUCGAGGGACAACUCACCACGGAUCUUCCAAAACCCGUGUCCAAGUGCAUCAGAUUAUUCCUAUCAUCAGAUCUAACAGACACCAGUCACGAGAGAAGAAUGCUGAAAGAGAAGGUUUUCCCACAUCUCCGGUCGUUCAGUCGCAGUCUGGGCCUACAGCUCCACGUAGUUGAUCUCUAUGACAACCUCCCUGCUGGGUGGUUGCCUCCUGUAGCCAGCAGGGGAGAGGUAGAGGAACAAGAGGGAGAACGAGAAGGAGAGAGGGAGGGAGAGAACCAAACUGGACAGGAAAUGGAAGGAGGAGUGGGAGGAGGGAGCGAGGUCAUGUGUGGCCUUGAGCUUAGAGGCCUGUUUCAGUUGGCUCUGAGUGAGAUACGCACCUGCCAGGACAUGUCAGCUGGCCCAACCUUCAUAAGUCUGCUGGGACAGAAGUAUGGACACAAGCCUCUCCCUCCACACAUCCCCGAGGAGGAAUACGCUCUGCUGUGUGGUUCCAUGGAGGACUCUGCUGACGAGAGGCAGCUGGUGCAGCAGUGGUACCAGUUGGAGUCUAAUGCACAGCCUCCUCACUACGAACUCCUCCAGCCCCCACAGAACUGCAAUGAAGACUGGGUCAAUACACAGAAGGUCCUCUCGACAACUCUUAGGAAAGCUGCUAAAGCUGCACUCGGAAGUGAUGGAAGCAGAGCCCAGAAGUAUAUCAUGUCAGCAUCUGAAGCGGAAGUGACUGCAGGCAUAUUUCAACUGAGAGCUGAUCCGAACCAGUGCUGUCUGUGGAGCAAGAGGACCUUCACAAACCUGCUGGAGCAGCGGCCUGCCGGAGAGCCCGCCCUGGAGCUGUUUUGUGACCUGGUGGGCGGUCGCAGAGGACCGGAAUUUGACACUGAGGCUCUCAAGUCUCUAAACUACUUGAAAGAGGCAAAGAUGCCUGCAAAGUACAUUGGUCUUGAUGCCAGCAAUAUCUUUGAGUUUCCAAUCAAGUGGGAGCGAGGGAAAGGUCUUGACCCCUCUACUUGCCAGCCCCACAAAGAAUACCUCACUGAGAUGUGUGAGAGAGUGAGUCGGAGCCUCGAGCAGCAGAUCUCACAGGCUGCAGACAUGGUGGGCAGAGAGACCUCCCAUCCCAACUACCAGGAGGUCCUCACUCAUAGCCUUCACUGCCGGGCACUGCAUAACUCCCACUUGGAUCGGCCCAGAGUAUCGGAGCAGAUUGAGUCCUACAUGAAGAGUUCAGCUACACAUCCUCUAGUGGUACACGGCCCUACUGGUCAUGGCAAGACCUCACUGAUGGCGGCUGCAGCUUACCGUCUGAGAGAGGGAAACCCUGGCGUUAAAAUGGCAAUUGUGUUGCGAUUCCUGGGACUGACUCCCCACUCUUCAACCAUAUUCCACACACUUAGAAGUAUUACAGAGCAGAUAGCAGAAGUGUAUGAGAUGGAAGAGGUGGUCAUCCCAGGUGACUACCAGGGAGUGAAUGGGAUGUUUGUCAGGUGUCUGGAGUGUGCAAGUGAAGAGAGACCGCUCUACCCUGCUCCUGGACGGAGUCGACCAGCUCUCUCCUGAAGAUGGGGCCUGGGGAAUGUCGUGGCUCCCACUCACACUCCCACCUCACGUGAAGCUGGUUCUCUCCAGCUCAUCUGAGCCAAAUUACAGGGUCUUCCCCGUCCUCCAGAGUCUGCUGGCUAAACAUCCCACAAGCAUGGUCCAGGUUCCUCAGUUGUCAUAUGAAGAUUGCCAGCAAAUACUGUGCCACAGUCUGUCACUUGAGGAGAGAACAUUGAACUCGGAGCAGAUGAAGAAGGCAGUGGCUGCUCUACAGCAGUGCCCAGUGCCACUCUUCCUCCAGUUGAUGAUGAAACAGCUCAGGGACUGGAAGUCUUUCUCCAUUAUAACAGACCCGAUUCCAUCUUCUAUUGACGCCCUAAUAGAGAGAUAUUUGGUGGAGUUGGAGGAGAAGUAUGGGGUGGUGUUGGUCAGUCGCCUCUUGGCCUAUGUAUCAGCAUCGAAACACGGACUGACAGAGCCCGAGAUUCUGGACAUCCUUGCACUUGACACAGAGGUAACGUCAGAGGUGAAAUCUGGGUUUGGCGGUGAAGGUUCUGCCGACCUGAUCUUUCUCCCGCCUGUCAUGUGGACUCAGCUGAGCCUCAGUCUCAGGCCUCUACUGACCUACAGAGUUGGUGUGGAUCACUCUCUGGUGCUGCAGUGGAGUCACCGGAGACUGAGAGAGGUGGCCGAGACACGAUACCUGCCCCAGCAUACCUCUCAGAAGGUGUAUGGAAUGCUGGCUGAUUACUUCAGUGGCACAAGCUCAGAGAAAAGGGAUCCAGAAUCAGACGAUAAAAGUGAUUCCCUGGAGGCACUCUAUGCAGUCAACACCCAGCCACUGCUCCUGAACGAGGGCCUGGGGCAGUACAACAUCCGCAAACUCUCGGAGCUGCCUCACGUCCUGGCCAGGAGUGGUCGGUUUGCCUACCAGGCCCUCACAGAGCUCCUGCUGGACUACCAGUGGCUCAAGGCCUGCGUCCUCUCCUGUCCUCCUGGGAUCUCAUCCACGACUUCACCUCCCUCAUACCCACGGUCCCUAUUGGCAGGACUAACACAGAUGUUGACCAUGAGCUGCGGCUGUUGCGGCAGACUCUGAUGUACUCUACAACUGUACUGAAUGCAGACAGCUCUCAGCUGUGUGCCCAGCUAGUUGGCAGACUCCUACCUUACAUCAAAUGCACCAGCUCUGACCAAUAUCCAGUACUGAAGAAGCUGGUGGUGGCAGCAGUGGAGGACAGGUCCCCUCCCCUCACUCCUCUCCACCCUCUAUCCCACAUCCCUGGUGGCCCACACCUGCUCAGUAUGGACGGUCACCGCGACAGAGUCUCCUGUGUCUCCACUGUACUGGUGAAGGGAGGGGGAGGAUCACAGGAGGGGAUGUCCCUGGUCAUUAUGACUGGAUCGUGGGACAAGACUCUCAAGAGCUGGGACCUGGGCACAAGUGGGGUUCUUAAGACAUUUGACGGCCACUCGGACAGAGUGUUAUCCCUCGCUCUCUCUGCCAAUGGGACGUAUGCUGUCUCGGGCUCUGAUGACAAGUCUGUCAGGUAUUGGAGUGUGGCCAGUGCAGAGUGUGUACAUGUGAUGAGGGGACACACUGCGGCAGUGACAGCAGUGGCAGUGACCAGAGAUGGGUCAAACACUAUCUCUGCAUCCUCUGAUGCCACUGUCAAGGUCUGGAAUACUGACUCAAACAGCAGUUCCCGUGGUCAACUGAUCUACACCCAUCGAGACCUCAAGAGGCCAGUGCUGGCUGCUGUUCUGAGAGGCAGUUCCCUGGCAGUUGGGACCAGCAAUGGCAAGAUAUCCCUCUUGCACAUCGUCUCAGGACAGGUGAUGAGAGCAGUUCAAGGUCACGAUCGAGCCGUGACAGCACUGGCUACAGAGGAAGUUGAAGGGCAUUGCCAUCUGGUGUCAGGGUCGGCCGGUGGUGAAGUCAAGGUGUGGGAUUUCAGUAACUUUGACCUCCUCCAUUCUCUAACCAGGGAUAGUAGUGAAGGCAUCAGCAGCAUCAGCAUUGGAACCAACGGCAGGCUAAUCGUAGCCAAUGGACAAAGGGAGGCUGGGAUGUGGGACCUGAAGACUGGUACUCAUCUCUACGACCUCCCACCACACUCAUCCGACAUAUACUGCACAGUCAUGGCUGACUCUGGGAGACUAGCAAUCACCGGGUCCUCCAGCCCUUCCCUGACAGUCUGGGACAGCCUCUCACCUCCCGUCCAGCACACCACACGACUCCACCCAGGGGAGGACAUCUCUACUGUGGCGCUCUCUGGCUGCGGCGGCCUGGGUGUCAGCACCAGCCACACUGGGAGUAUCUGCGUAUUUGAUACGGAGGCAAUGUCCCCUAUUCGGCGCCUACAACCUCAUUCAGCAGCUGUUACACAAGUCUUGGUGUACAAGGAUGGAAACAAGUUGUUUUCUGCCUCGAAAGAUGGCACACUUUGCCUCUGGAACGGAGAAACUGGAGAGAUCCUGACAAAGUUUGAAGAGAACAAUAGUUCUAUCAACUGUAUGGCCAUCACGGGUACUAAAGACCUGCUAAUGACAGGGGCAGAGGAUGGAGAGGUGGCUUUUUGGAGCAUCGAAACCGGCAAGAAACUGCGGAUGUUCUCGGAGCACACAUCAGGUGUUCUGACGGUGGCGUUCAUAUCACAGAGCAAGGAUCAGUUCAUGCUGUCGGCAUCACAUGACGGGAGCCUCAGCAUUCGAGAGUUCCACUCAUCCAAAGUGGUAGUCUCCACACUGAGCCACAGCGACGACCUAGUCUCUACUGGUAUCGCUCCCAACUCCAUGUUCAUGGUGAGUGGUUCCAGGACAGGUCUUGGCUACGCAGUCUCUCUCCCUCACGGGACUCUCAUGGCCACACUGGUAGGGCACACGGCCUCAAUCACCAGCCUGAGAGUGUUCCCUGACUCCUCUCGAUGUGUUACUGGAUCCAGGGACCAGACUAUCAGGGUCUGGACUAUCGAUGAUGCCCGGUGUACCGCUGUACUCCACACAGAUGAACCAGUCCUCGCCUGCGAUGUCAACUACAACAACAUUAUCCUCUAUGGGACCGAGGGAGGCUGGGUUUCCACCGCCGCCUACCAGUCUGAUCUUAGCAAGCCCAAUACACUCGUCAGUCAGCUAAAUAUAAGGGAUUCCCCCGAAUUUAAGACAGGCAGCUCUUCUUCGGCAGCCCCAACUCCACCCCAUAGCAGGGCAGACUAUUGCCACAUGAUGAGAACAACAAAUCGACCAAUCAUUUCAACUCGUCUCAAAAGAACCAACCCUCACCAGUACCACAGCCAGAAGUAGAUGCUACUGCAACAGAAGCAACUGACUUUGGUGGCACCUCUGGUAGAGAAAAGACUUCCCACACAGUGGAGGAGACAGGGGAGGCUGCAGGCGGUGGUGAUGAUGAUGUCAUUGAUGAGGCCUCCAGGUCUGCUGGUGGUGGCUCAGAUGAUGGUUCAGGAGAUGGGACCGUGUCCACUGAGUCUGUGGCUCACACAGCAACAGGAAAAUCCUCCACAUGCACGAUUCUUUAAGAGCACAGUAGACCUCUAUUAACUCUUUGACAUAACCAUGUAAAAAUAAUAGCUCACACUUGACUUACAUUCGACUAUGAUGAAACUUCUCUAUGAAC